AUGGUUUUGGAAGCUGGUUCAAAUCCGAUAGAAACAAUUAAACACCCUGGGGAAUUCGACAUAAUGUUGAAAACAGUUUUAUAUCCUAAAGAUUUCGAAUCAGUCUCAGAUUGGAUACCCGAUGUUGGCGAUGGAAGUGUUUUAAAAAAAAACGCGGCUGUUGGAAUAACAAAAGCCGUCAUCUCAAAUAAAGCAGCUAAAGCAACAGCUGCCGAAGAACGCAGACACAAUUUAGAAAUGGAAAAGCAAGAACGAGAUUCAGGAGUGACAGAUAUAUUAGGUACAGUUAAAGAAUUUGGAAAACGAUUUGGGGAAGAAACCAAGAAAACUGUUAAACAAGGAUUAAAUAAAUUAGUAGAUAGUAUUGACACAGGAGAAGUCAAAGUCAAACAUAAGGACGUAUUUCAAUAUUACGAAGAAAACGAAGAAGAAGUGGAAAUAAAAGAUAUCAUAGAUAACUACAUUAAAUCAAAGAAUCCAACGGAUAUAAAAGUUUUUCUUACGAAAAAUGUCAAUGAUCUAGACUUGUCUAAUAUUGAUAGCAAUCUAAAGAACUUAAUAUUGUUUGACGACUGCGUAGCGCAAAGAAAUCAAGCUGUUCAACAAGAAUUCUUCACGAAGGGAAGACAUCACAACUGUCACUGCAUAUACCAAUCCCAAUCUUUUUACGGGAUGGAUUCUAUGUUCAUUAGAAAAAAUGCAAAUUGUUUUUUAUUAUUUGAAUUAAACGAUAAAGAUUUAUCUCAAAUCAUUCAGUCGAUUAAUCACGGAAUGGACAGAGAUGCAUUUAAAAAGGUUUGUAAGGCUCAAUGGAAAAACCCAGAUGAACAUGGAUAUAUAUUUGUUAAUACUAGAAAACCUGCAGGUGAAAGAGUUAUGACAGACAUUUGUUAA